CUCCGGUAAGGUACACCUUACCCGAAGUUUUUCCUAUAUAUAUUGAUUUUAGUCCUAUGAAGCAAUUUCUACGUAAAAUAUUGAGAGGACGAGCCAACGACUAUCUAAAUCACGCCAUAGGAAUAUACAUUUCCAUUUUCGGAUCUGAAGCUAGGAGCUGCAGUGUGAGACCAAAAAGAGAAUCCGCGAGACAGGGGAAUGGCGGCGUUUGUAAAGCUAGACGAUUCCCCAAUGUUCCAUAAGCAAGUGAGAUCUUUGGAACAUGCCACAGAUGAACUGAGAGACCGCUGUCAAAAGCUAUACAAGGGGUGUAAGAAAUACACUGAAACUCUUGGAGAAGCACACAGUGGGGACAAUAUCUUUGCAGACUCAUUGGAGGCAUUUGGUGGAGGCCAAGAUGAUCCUGUCAGUGUGUCAAUUGGAGGCCCAAUAAUGUCAAAAUUUGUUUCUGCAUUUCGAGAGAUUGGAACAUAUAAGGAUCUUCUUCGUUCUCAGGUGGAGCAUGUACUGGUUGAUCGACUUACUGAAUUUUUAUCUUUUGAUCUGCAAGAUGUGAAGGAAUCUCGUCGCAGAUUUGACAAGGCUAAUUCCGCUUAUGACCAGGCACGGGAAAAGUUUGCCUCUUUAAAGAAGAGUACACGUGAUGACAUCGUUACUGAACUCGAAGAAGACCUACACAACUCAAAGUCAGCUUUUGAAAGAAGCCGCUUUAAUUUAGUAAAUGCUCUCAUGAAUAUUGAGGCAAAAAAGAAGCAUGAGUUCCUGGAAUCUUUUAGUGCGAUUAUGGAUGCUCAUCUAAGAUACUUUAAGUUGGGAUAUGAACUGUUGAGCCAAAUGGAGCCGUUCAUUCAUCAGGUUUUAACAUAUGCCCAACAAUCAAAGGAACAGACCAAUAUUGAACAAGAUAGGCUUGCCAAAAGGAUUCAGGAGUUCAGGACACAGGCAGAGCUAGAUCUUAUGCAGGCAUCUAGUAAUCUCAGUAGUUCAACAAGUACUUUCCACUCUAAUGGGGUUGGUAUGAGUUCUAAUAAAAAUAUAGAAGCAAUUAUGCAGUCCAGUGCGAAUGGUGAAGUCCAUAUAAUCAAGCAGGGGUAUAUUUUGAAAAGAUCCACCAGCUCAAGGGCUGAUUGGAAGAGAAGAUUUUUCGUUCUAGAUAGUCUCGGCAACUUAUAUUAUUAUAGGCACAGUGGUCGCAAAAGAGUGGGAUCUCCACCACCUGGUGUAGAGCACAACAAUAAGGUAUUUAGUAGAUUUAGAGCAAGAUAUCAAAAGUCAUCAUCUCUUGGAGAAGAAAGUUUGGGAUUUCACACUGUUGAUCUUCAUACUUCAAUAAUAAAAGUUGAUGCUGAAGAUACAGAUUUGCGGCUAUGCUUCAGAAUAAUUUCACCAUCAAAAACUUACACAUUGCAGGCUGAAAAUGAAGCUGAUAGGAUUGACUGGAUGAAUAAAAUAACUGGAGUUAUUGCUUCCCUCUUGAAUUCUCAUCUACAUCGGGUUGACUCCGGUAAAACUGAUGCCAAGAGUGGUAAUGUCAGUUAUGGUGCUUGUGUUAAUGAUAUUUCACUUGACAGCAUUGAAAGUUCACUGCCGAGUGUGAGAGGUUGUCAAGUUGAGUCAGUCUCUAGAAUUCUUAGAGAAAUUUCUGGGAAUGACAAGUGUGCAGAGUGCGGGGCUUCUGAACCUGAUUGGGCUUCUCUUAAUCUAUGCAUUUUGAUGUGCAUAGAAUGCUCUGGCAUUCAUAGAAAUCUUGGUGUUCAUAUCUCUAAGGUAAGGUCAAUAAGUUUAGAUGUCAGAGUUUGGGAACCUACUCUAAUGGACCUGUUUCAAACUUUGGGUAAUUCAUACUGUAACUCUGUCUGGGAGGGGAUGCUUGCACUUUCAAACGAUGGGACAAAAAGUAUUCUUUCUGUUUCGAAACCGAACUCCACAGAUGCUUUUCACAAAAAGGAGAAGUUCAUCAUGGCAAAGUAUGUUGAAAAGCUGUUUAUCAACAAAGGAGCUCUAGCAUAUAACAAGAAUGAUGUCAUCAAUAGCAUCUGGGAUGCUGUGAAAGCAAACCGUUCCAAGGAAGUAUAUCGAAUCAUUGUGACCUCAGAUGUAAAUGUAAUAAAUGCCACUUAUGAUGAAGUGGCUGGUGCGACGCUGUUUCAUGAUUUUUCAGAGCUUGAAUUUCAAGAUUCUGAAAAGAAACAAUGUGAUCCAGCAGCCUGUGAGAAUAUCAAGCUGUGUCUUCAAGGCUGUUCAUUACUGCAUCAAGCAUGCCACUCUGAUAAUCCUGUAAUUGUUGAACUGCUGCUGCAAUUCGGUGCGGAUAUAAACAGGCGUGACUUGCAUGGAAGAACUGCUCUGCACCAUUGCAUCUCAUCGGGGAAUAAUCAAUUGGCAAAAUUUUUGCUUAGAAGAGGGGCCCGUUCAUCAAUUAGGGAUGCUGGGGGGUUCAGUAUUCUUGAAAGAACCAUGGAAAUGGGUGCAAUCACGGAUGAAGAACUAUUUGUCUUGAUGGCUGAGAGCGAGUAAAAAAUGGUGAAGAUGUAAGCUUGGUACCCUGUUCUCUAAAGCAAUUUGGUAACGGGAAUAGAAAACUAAUUUAAAGACAGCCUGAGGUGAGAUUGUAUCUAAAGAUGCACAGUUCCUUUUUAUUUUUGUCAUUAUUGUGAUGUACUGUUAUUAUUGUUAUAUACUUUGGACGUAGUACAAUGUUGUAAACAUUAUAAUACACACACGGAGUAUGUCAUAUGUGUGUGUGUAUAUAUGUGUGUGUGUGUGUGUGUGUAUAUAUAUAUAUACAGUACUAUUACAGCAUAUAACUAUAUAGUUAUACUCUCUUUAUCCCAU